ACACAAAUGUUCCCUUCUCUCCUCUACUUCCCUGCUGGCCUACCAAUCUAAUCCAGUACUACAAACAAAGUCAAACAAUCCUUCAGUCUUCUCUUCACCUCCAACCACCAUGACAGCAAACCAUGAAACACAAUCUGACCAAAACACCCCUGCACCACCCCAAAUUAAUUAACCAGGCUAAUCAUCCAUUAAGAGACUAAGCACCACCACUGAAUCUUCUUCCAAGGGUGGUAAUGCACACUGUUUCAGAGUUUAUCAGAGUUUCAGAAGAUUCAGAGCAAGGGCAAUCAUGGCAAUAUCAGCUUGAGUUGAGAGCUCCAGUUAAACCUUCCCUAUCCAAUUCCAACUCCCUCCCUCCCUACACAAGCAACAAGAGCAGCACACCAACAUCCAAGAACAAGAAGAGCAAGAAGAGGAGAGGAGAGGAGUUGGAAGGUAGAGAGAGACAAGCCAUCAUUAGCCACCAAAUGCAGGCAUGCAUCAUAUAGCUGACAGGACAAGAAUCAGAGGAAGAAGAAGAGGAGGAGGAGGAGGAGGAGGAGACAGCUGCUGCCAUGUCGUCGUAUGACCAGAUGCUCGCGCCGCUUCUUGGCGCCGGCCGGUCGGCGUGGACGGCGCACGACGGCGGCGGCGGCGGCGGAGAAGCCGUGGUGAGGCAGAUACUCAAGUGCACGAGGUGGCAGCUGGAGGAGACGACGGACUUCGUCACCUGCCCGUACCACUACUACUGCGACAGCUCGUACCCGGGCGACUACCACGCCGCCGUCGGCGUGCUCGUCGCCGCCUUCGCCGCGUACUGCUUCCUCUCGACGCUCGCGUUCACGGUGCUCGACCUGGCGAGGAGCGGCGGCGGCGGCGGCGGCGCGGGCGGGGUGAGGGGGAUCAGGAGGAAGUACCUGCUCCCGUCGGGGCCGUUCCUGCUGCCGCUGGUGCUGCUCGUGCUCGCCAAGGGGCAGCGGAUCAACGCCGUGUUCCCGCUCGCGCAGCUCGGCCCGGCAUUGCUGCUGCUGCUGCAGGCGUCGGCGCUGGCGUUCCGGAACGAGGCCGACGGCGACAUCCGGUACGCGGUGCUGGAGGCGUCCACCGUCUCCGGCGUGCUGCACGCCAGCCUGUACCUCGACGCCGUCGUGCUCCCCUACUACACGGGGCUGGAGGCGCUCCGGUGGUCGCAGUUUUCCGGCGAGUGCGCGACCUGCCUCUGCCGCAUGGAGCCCCUCGUCGUCGGCGGCACGGCGGUGCGGUACCGCGGCCUCUCCAAGACGGCGCUGGCGAUCAUCUUCGCGCUGUGCUCGCGGAUGGUGUGCCGGAUUUACGGCGAGGAGCGGCUCAGCGCGUGGACGCGGUCGGCGCUGGAGGCCGCCGGCUGGGUGUUCGUGGCGGCCGACGCCGUCUACCUCGUCGGCUGGGUCGCCAUCGAGGGCGGCGCCGUCGCCGUGCUGGCGUACAGCCUCGUCGCCGGCCUCGUCUUCCUCAGCGUCUUCGGCAAGGUCUACAGAUUCUUGGCAUGGUUGGAGACGAGACAAUCUCAAUGGAAAUCAAGCCUCUGCCAUAGCGCUGUAUGAUACUACUACUCGUCAGAAAAAAAAAAUCUGUAAAAAGAAAAAGGAAACCAUUUCUUAGCUCACCUUUUGUUCAUUUGUACAAUGAUUCACACAAUGAGAAAACCACAGUUGUAAUUUUUUUUUCAUGCUUAUAUAUAAGUUCUCUGAAACAAAUUUGUUCAAUUCU